AUGGUUUGUAAACUUCGUAAUUUCGUGAUCGAAGGAUUGUCAUCCACGUGUCAAACACGGAUUGGAGGACCUACGAUGAACGGAGUUAGUUUAAAAGCAAGAAGCAAAGCAAAAAUGGUUGGUGGUGGAGCUCCGCAGAGAGGAAGUGCAGCUGCAACAGCAAGCAUGCGGAGGAGGAAGGGCGGCAGCAGCAGCAGCGCCGGCGGUGGAGCAUCCGGAGGAGGAGCCGGAUCAAUGCUUCAGUUCUACACAGACGACGCCCCUGGUCUCAAGAUUUCUCCCAAUGUUGUUCUUAUUAUGAGCAUUGGUUUCAUUGCUUUCGUUGCUGUUCUUCAUGUCAUGGGCAAGCUCUACUUUGUCAAGAGCAAAUAAAGCGGAACAAGCAAACAACCAAUGUCAUACGUUUUUUGUUUUUUUUCACUGUUUAGAUUUUUGUCAGUAUAGUCAUUUCAUUCAUGUUUUGAGUUUUUCUUUGAGUAGUAGUGUCCACUGAUCGCAACACUCUGCAAAUUUCGUCUUGUUCUUGAUACGAUUUCUCUCUUCCUGUUUCUUGGUUUUGGCCGAAUAUUAACUGAAUUAUACUAUUGGUUUAGGUAUUUUAGUCUGAUGCAUUUGCUUCAGUGCUUUGGAUUUGACCGGUUUAGUGUAUCGGAAAGAGGUUUAAAGCACUUGGAAAUCACUUUUUAGGGGGAUGUUUUGGCUUUGUUGGUGGUCGAUUUAAUUGAACCAAACCUAACCCAUGUAUAAUUUAUGGAAUUC